AGUUUACAGGUCAAAACAGACUGAUAUCUAGUAAAACAAUAGAUUAUCCUGCUAGUAGAUUUCCCAUCCCAGAUCGAGAUACAUUACCUAAGGAAAUCAAGGAUCAAAUGAGAGAAGUUGAAGCAAAGGGUGGAUUUCUGCCAAAUGUAUUUAAAACUUUGUCCCACAGACCUGCAGAGUUUAAGGCUUUCUUCAGUUAUUAUGAUGCCCUGAUGGAAAAAGAAACAGGUUGCACCAUCGACAAACUCGUUAGUUCUGUCUGAUAAAAAGAGAUAUCCAUAUUUCAUGAAGUUACUUUCGGAUGGUUUUCCUUUCAAUGAUCUGGUUACCCACUUUGCUAUGGAAAAUAAAUGGAACAAGGUCAUGAUCAUCUCUGACCUGGGAUUUGAUGAUCUAGCGAAGCAUUUGGAAGAUACGCUGAUAAGAAGCAAUGUGACGGUGUCUAACGUAUACAUAGUAGAGGACGUGGAUGAUCCAAGUGAAAUACUUACAGCUAUUAAGGAGUCUGGUGUGCGUAUUAUUGUCUUCCAAGUCUAUCCCAUCAUGUAUUAUAAACUUUCAUGUGAGGCGUAUAGGCAAAACAUGCAUGUUCCAGGAUAUGUGUGGAUAGAUAACAGACACCAUUCUCAAAGUGUCAAGGAUUACUUUGAAUUGUAUAGUGAUGUCAACUGCACGUGGGAUGAGAUAUUGACUUCCGUGGAAGGGAUGUUCGCGACGAGUCCCAUUUCAUAUCUGGAACUUUUCCCUAACACAAUAACUAUAGGUGGAAAGAGUGUCAAAACGUUGUCUGAAAUAGGCGGAAUAAAAGGGGAUGCAGCACGUCUGUACGGAUAUGACGCAAUAUGGAGUAUGGCACUCACGAUGAACAACACCAUCAAAAGGAUAGAACCACAGACAUUAGAUGAGUUUACAUACAAACACAAAAAUUAUACAGAUAUUUUUCUAGAGGAAAUGAAAAAUCUGUCAUUUACCGGUGCAACGGGGCCUGUUGAAUUUUCUGCAGAAGGAUCAAGGAUGGAAAAAUUAGUUUUACGACAAGUCAGAAAUGGAACACAUGUUCCAGUUGGUAUAUAUGACGGAACAACACAAAUUCUUGAUCUUUUAAAGAGUCCCGAGUAUAUGUGGGAACCCUUUGGUAAUACCAUACCAAGCUCUAAACCUCGGCUAGAGCACACAUAUUUACGAGUGUCUAGAGUGUUGUUUGGGAUAUACGUAACCAUUUCCGUUGUUGGAAUUGCCAUAUGCCUGAUCGAUCUGAUUCUAAUGUUGAUUUACAGAAGUCACAGUGGCAUCGUACACGAUUGGCCGAUCAUUAGAGUAAUUGUGUGUUUUGGUUGUAUUGUCCUUAACAUAGCAGUUAUCCUCAUGGGUGUAGAUGAUUCUGAUUCUAGCUCGAGGGUAUACCAGGGUGCUUGCCAAACUGCAUCCUGGAUGUUUGUAUUUGGCUAUACAUUAGCUCUUGGGGGAAUGUUAGUCAAUUCAAUUGCCACUUAUCAUUUCUACACUAAGGAAAGUGUUACAAAAUCAGUACAACAAGAGUUGAAAUACUGUGCGAUAUUAGUGUCUUGCCUUCUGUUAGAUAUGAUACUAUUGAUAUUGUGGCAAGUUGUUGAUCCGCUAACGAUCAAGACAGAAUUCCUACAGAAAGAGGUUGGUAUAGAGAAUGUGAACAUGAGGCAAAUAUCCAUUCAUGUCCCUAUUUCCAUACUACCUUGAAGCAUUAUGUUCAUAGAAAGUUUGAAUUUAAAAUUUAAUAUAUUAUAUCUUGCCUCUGUACUGGUAUUUUUGCUGAUGGAUCAUUACACCAACGUGCUCUAGUUCAUCAGACGUUCUUCCCAUUGUCAUAAUCUCCUCAGGAUGAUAAAAACGAUCAGAUAUUGUUUUAAUCGGAAAUGUUAUUCGAUGUGUCAAACUGUCAAACUAUUGCAUUGAAAACUGUUUAUUUUACCCCAGACAAUUGUUUCGGCUUAGUUUCCUUCGGUCUGUUGGAACUCGACAUCAUAUUUUUGUUUUUUCAGAUUCCAACUAUGUUUUUGAGUCUUUUAUUGUUUCAACUUACUACUUACAUAUUGUGUUUUAGUAUGACGAAAGUCAAGAUACAAUUUUUCAAAUAGCAAUUGCUGUCUGUGAUUCCGCGAAAAUGAAUGCUUGGAGAAUUGUGAUGAUUGUGUAUAAAGCAAUUGUGUUGCUAGUUGCUACAUUCAUUACAUGGCCCGCC